UUCUACUGCGACAAGAUGGGUUUUGAGCCUGUGGCAUACAAAGGCCUGGAGACUGGUAGCAGAGAGUUGGUGUCUCAUGUCAUCAAGCAAGAUAAGAUUUUAUUUGUGUUCGAAUCACCUCUCAACCCAGGAAACGAAGAGAUGGGUGAGCACCUCAUCAGGCACGGCGACAGUGUGAAGGACAUCGCUUUCCAAGUAGAAGACUGUGAUUUUUUGGUCAAGAAAGCCAAAGAGAGGGGAGCAGUUAUUGUCAAAGAGCCGUUUGUAGAACAAGACAGCUAUGGCAAAGUCAAAUAUGCAGUGGUUCAAACGUACGGGAACACGACCCACACCUUCAUUGAGUAUAUGGGUCCCUACAAAGGCUUGUUCCUGCCUGGCUACAAAGAACCUCUGUUCAAAGACCCCCUGCUCCCAAAACUGCCCCCUGGCUGUCUGAACUUUAUUGACCACAUUGUGGGAAACCAAGCAAAUGAUCAAAUGGUGCCAAUAUCGGACUGGUACCAGAAGUGUCUGAUGUUCCAUCGGUUCUGGUCCAUAGAUGAUAAGCAGAUCCACACGCAGUACAGCUCUCUCAGGUCCAUUGUGGUCACCAACUAUGAGGAGACCAUCAAGAUGCCCAUCAAUGAGCCCGCACCUGGAAAAAAGAAAUCACAGAUCCAGGAAUAUGUGGAUUACAAUGGUGGAGCCGGAGUGCAGCACAUUGCCCUGAACACAUCAGACAUCAUCCAAGCAAUAGUAAACCUCAAAGCCCGCGGCAUGGAGUUCCUGUCGGCCCCAGACAACUAUUAUGACAUCCUGCGUGAGAAACUCAAGACGGCCAGGAUCAAAGUGAAAGAGGACCUGAAGAUCCUUCAGGAACUAAAAGUCUUGGUUGACUUUGACGAUAAAGGCUACCUGCUCCAGAUCUUCACCAAACCGGUGCAGGACAGACCCACUCUCUUCCUCGAGGUCAUCCAGAGGAACAACCACUUUGGCUUCGGGGCUGGUAACUUCAAAUCCUUAUUUGAGGCCAUCGAGAAAGACCAGGACGCCAGAGGCAACCUCACUACCCUUACUUCAGAUGGCAAUCCCAAGGCUUUCUACUGA